AUGCCUAGCCUAUCUUACUACCUCACGCCAUCAGAAGAGUCAAAAGAACGAAUGGCAAAGGCCAUUGACGUCGGUCACACCGUACUUCAGUAUGGGUGGAUUCCGUUCAUUAUUUACAUUGGAUACACGAGGAGUAACCCGCAGCCGUCUUUGAUCAAGCUCCUUAGCCCGCUGGCAUAG